AUGGAAAUCCUUGCGAAAGCGAAGAAUUUGUGGAUGAAAUUCAAUGUCCGAGGAGCAAUCCUUACAAGCCUAUCUCUGCAAGUCCUUCUCAUUUUUCUGGCACCCAUUCGAAAGAGGUGUUCAAACAAGUGGUUCAUGAUGCUCAUCUGGUUGGCUUACUUGGGUGCUGACUUGGUCGCUAACUAUGCCUUCGGACUCAUUUCCAGAGCCCAAUUCAUUGGCAGUACUUCAGACUCCGAGGCUGAUGCAUAUGGCGACAUCUUGGCAUUUUGGGCACCAUUUCUUCUGCUACAUCUCGGAGGACCAGACACCAUAACCGCUUUCGCGCUCGAGGAUAAUGAGCUGUGGCGUAGGCACUUGCUUAAUCUCUUAUUCCAGCUAGGCGCUGCAGGCUAUGUAUUUUAUCAAUCCUUCCCCAGUAGCGAGCUAGUUGUCCCAACCAUCCUCAUGUUUAUUGGUGGAACCAUUAAAUACGUAGAGCGAACAAUUGCUCUAUAUCUCGCCAGCUUCAGUAAAUUGCGCGAUUCCUUGCUCCCACCUGCUGAUGCUGGACCGAACUAUGCCAAGCUCGUGGCAGAAGAAUAUGUUAGCACCAAGAUGUUGGCCAUGGUGCCGGAGUCCAAACUUCCAUCUACGGAUGUUGAAUUGGAGAACAGUCUGGACGACAGAACAGUGAUAAAAGAGGCGUUCUUUUAUUUCACAACCUUCAAAGGCCUCCUCGUGAAUCUCAUCUUCAGCUUCCGUGAACGCAAUGACAGCAGCCAAUUUUUCGGGAGCAGACCUGCAAAGGAUGCUUUUCGGGUCAUCGAGGCUGAGCUGAACUUCUUUUAUGAUGUUCUUUAUACCAAGGCUGCCAUUGUUCACUGUUUAGCAGGGUACCUUUUCCGAGCUAUCUCAAUUGGCUCCAUUGUUUCUGCUUUUGCAAGUUUCUGUGUCCUGAACAAGCAUGGUUUUCACGAAUUUGAUAUACAGAUUACAUACACCUUGCUACUUGGAGCUAUUGGCCUUGAAUUUGUAGCUGUUGGUAGGCUCAUUUGCUCUGACUGGACAAUUGCAAAUGUAGCAACAUCUGAGAGCAUCUUCAUCAGGCUCCUCCUCAAAUUCAAAUCUGAAAGUUCACCAUUUGCAUUGCAUAUAAUACAUGCUAGAUGGUCUAAAUUUAUCUUCCAGUACAAUUUUUUAGAUUCUCGGCUGACAAAGUGGCCAAAAUGGAUUGCGAAACCCCUUGGUCUAAUACCUCUGGAGGAAUUGAUUGAUGACUUGAAGCCUCGACGAGUAGAACAAUACAGUGAAGAAUUAGGUGAACUGAUUUUUGAAGAGCUGAAACGGAAGGCAUCUUGUGGAAGCACAAAUGAGACUUGUGCUUCUCGAGGUAAAUGGGCUCUGGAGCAUACUGAAAAUUGGGAAAAAUGCAAAAAAUUGCUUCCAUUCGUUUCUGAUGUUGAUUAUGGAAAGAGCCUUUUACUGUGGCAUAUCGCCACCGAACUCUGUUACAACACUGAUAAAAGUGAAAACCCCCACCGCAAAACCAGCAAGAUCUUGUCAGAUUACAUGCUUCAUCUUAUGAUCAAACAACCUAGUAUGAUGUCUGCAGUUGCUGGGAUUGGCCAAAUAAGGUUUCGAGAUACUUGUGCUGAGGCAGAUAGGUUCUUUGAUGAAAAUAUAUUUGAUAAGAGUAAAACAAGCAAAACGAAUGCUUGCCGAAUUCUACUUAAUGUUCCUACAGCACUGAAUCCAGCUUUAGUGAAAGGAGACAGAAGUCAAUCUGCGCUCUUUGACGCGUGUAUUCUUGCUAAAGAGUUGCGGAAAUUUCAGGACGAGAAGUGGGAAAUCGUGAGUGAAGUUUGGGUGGAAUUGCUGGCGUAUGCUGCGAUUCGUUGUCAACCAUACAUGCACGCUCAACAACUCAGUGAAGGAGGAGAACUUAUAACUUUCGUUUGGUUAUUGAUGGUACAGCUUGGCUUAAGCGAACAAUUCCACAUACAAGAUGGUCACGUUACAGCUACGGUGCACUGA